GAUAGAUAGAUAAACAGAUAGAUAGACAGAUGAUGGAUAGAUGAUAGAUAGAUAGAUAGACAGAUGGUGGAUAGAUGAUUGAUAGAUAGAUAGAUAGAUAGAUAGAUAGAUAGAUAGACAGAUGAUGGAUGGAUAGAUAGAUAGAUAGAUAGAUAGAUAGAUAGAUAGAGAGAUAGAUCUGGUCAUAGUUUUUCUGUUGCUAACCAACUCUUAAAAUCAGAAAUAAGCAAAAUAAGCAACCCCGAGGAAUAUUCUUCCAGUGACUUGCUUCUCCUCUAUUUCUCGCAGUGCUCUCUGAUUUGUAGUUUGGUCCCACUGAGGUGAGGCUGGCACCAUUCCAUAACUCAAAUAUAUCCUACUGGACAGGCUUGGGUGGAGUGUCUUAAUUAAGAAAUUAAGGGAGCCUUGUAUUAUAGGGCGUAUCUCAUAAACAGACCCAAUGGUACCCUCACGCCAUAUGUAUGAAAUUAUGUUAUGAUUUAUUCAAUGUGAACUUUUCUACUGUACUGCUCCUUAAAUCACACAGUAAUUUUCUUGGUAUUAAUCUAUUAGAAGGCAACAGAAUUACAUAGAAACAAUUUCCAAAUUGUUGCCUUAAAUGAGGAAUCAUUCUUUCUAGACUUUCUAAAAUCAUAUUACUCUCUUAAAUAGCACACUCUUAGUAAUAAUGUGUUUAGUAUGUCUGUUUACCUUUAUAGCUCCAUUUAUUGUUUUCUAAAAAAUCCUUUUAAUUGGAUCUAUUAAGUUUGACAGCACAAACUCUGUAUCCAGAUAAUUCCAUUUCUUUAUUAAAUUUUCUGUAAAGAUUCCAGUCUGCUGAUCUACGUGAAAUCUUAUUCCUCCAGUCUCAAAGCUAGAUCAUUAUUUUGCUCUUUUCUCAGUUCUGUUAACAAGCAAUAAAUGUUUUUAUUUUUCUCGAAAAUAUUGCCAUCAUUAAGAACAAGUAACCUCCACAAUUCUAGACGCUGUGUUAACACAACGGGUCGUAGAUUACGGACUUCUGGACAUUCUUUUACACAACGACCGUUGUUAAUGAAUGCCUUGAAAUUAUAGGAAAUUUUAGUUGAAAAAAAAAAUGUGUUUUAACAAUAACUGUUACAUUUAUGGAGAGCAAAAAAAAUUUUCUUUGUCUACAAAAAAUGCCUUCUCAUAAAUGGUGAUGAGAUAAAAGACUUCCAAAUCUAGAUAACUGAGAUGAGAAUGUAGGAUGCUGUGAAAUAUUUGCUAGAGAGCAGACACAGCUGCCAUUAACCUCUAUAACCUUCCAAAAUCAACAGAGCGAGAAUUCUGUGGAUUAGAUGGUGGCAGACUUAACAAGUGUUUGAAAUCAGUAAACCUCUUUAUUGGCUAUAUAAGUGCAACAGUCGCAAAUGUUUCCAAUCCCCCCCUUUUUUAAAAGAGCUAGCAGCUAUUCUGCUGGCAGUUAUUUUGCCCACUUUUUAUAUUUCCUUUGAAAAAGGUCAUUGGAAACAGAUUUUCAUUUAGAUCAAGCAACAGGGACAUGGUGGAACAAUGAAAGUUAUUUGGUUUCAUUUCUGCUUUGUGCUACGCAUAUGGCUAGCAAAUAUACAGGUAUAUAUGUUUUGCAGAUGUACAGCAUUAGAAUAUAAGAGAAAGGUGCAGAGCGGGUGCACUAGGGCAUAGGUACUCAACCUGUGGUACGCGUACCCCAGGGGGUACAUGUGCCACAGGUAGGAGGUACGCCAAGUGCUGGCCGAGUGGCUACCCAAGGGCACCCCAGGAGGCUGCCAGCUGGUGGAGAAUGGAAACUGAGGCGGGAGAGAGCUGUACUCUUUGUGCCCUUCAGGCACUGUUCUCUUGCAUGUCCUGCGGUGAUGCCAGGAGUUGGGUUAUGACAGCACUCUGGCCUUGCAUCACUAAACAAUGUGUGAGGGAGCAUUGUUGAAAGCGCACAAAGAUGACACAAGCCUCACACUGGACCCCCAGGGAAAAGUAUCCAUACUGCACUCCAGGGAAAAUAUCCACUCUUGCUCCCCCAAAAGUACAGAGGCCGGGUGGACUCAAAUAAAAAUAGAUUAGUGCCUGUCAGUAAGUGUGUGUGUCAGGCAGUAUGUCUGUCAGUGUGUGUCAAAUCAGUGAGAGUGUGUGUGUCAACGAGUGUCAGUUAGUGUGUGUCAGAUCAGUGAGCGUUUCUGUCAGUGUGUGUCAAAUCCAAAUGUCUGUCAGUGAGUGUAUAUGUCAGUGAGUGUGUCUGUCACUGUGUGUCAAAUCAGUAAGAGUGUAUCUGUCAGUGAGUGUGUGUCAGUUUCCUCUGUGUGCAAAAGUGUGUGUGUUAGUGUCCUCUGUGUGUAAAUGUUUUUUUGUAUCAGUGUUCUCUGUGUGUAAAUACGUGUGUGUCAAUUAUUAUUAUAUAAUUAAUAUAGCGCCAGCAAAUUCCAUAGCCCUGUACAAUGGGUGGGCUAACAGAUACGUAAUUGUAACCAGACAAAUGGACGCACAGGAACAGAGGGGUUGGGGGCCCCGCUCAAUGAGCUUACAUGCUGGAGGGAGUUGGGUAUACACCCUGUUCCAAAUUAUUAUGCAAAUUCUAUUUAAGUGUCAUAAAGAUUAAAUAUUUAGGGAGGAUAGGUGGGUUGGAGCAGCAUUAUGUAGGGACUUGUAAGCAAGCACCAGAAUCUUAAAUUAAGCCCUAUAUCUAACUGGAAGCCAGUGUAGGUACUGAAGAAGGGAGGAGGAUUGGGAGGUGCGGGCGGACAAGAAAAUGAGCCUCACCGCCGCAUUAAUUAUAGAUUGCAACUGUGCAAUCUGGGAACACGUAAGACCAUUGAGAAGGGGAUUGCAGUAGUCAAGGCGAGAAAGAACAACAUCAUGGACCAGCACCUUAGCUCCGUCUGGUGUUAAAUAAGGGCGGAUGCGAGCUAUGUUUUUGAGAUGGAAGCGGCAGGAUUUGACGAUCGACUGGACAUGAGGGGUGAAGGAGAGGUCGGAGUCAAAGAGAACACCUAGGCAGCGAGCCUGAGAGGUAGAGGUGAUGGUGGCGCCAUUGACUUGGAGGGAGACAGACACGGGAGUAGCAACACUUGAGGGUGGAAAGACCAGAAGUUCUGUUUUGCACAGGUUGAGUUUAACCCCUUAAGGACACAUGACAUGUGUAACAUGUCAUGAUUCCCUUUAAUUCUAGACGUUUGGUCCUUAAGGGGUUAAGGAAGUGAACAGCCAUCCAGUUGGAAAUCGCGGAGAGGCAGAGGCAGUCAGAGAAUAUCAUAAACACUACGGUAUGAGGACAGCAGGAAGAUGACAUAAGAACAGGGGAAAUGUUUAAAAAUAAAUACUUUGAUAAAUAAUAAAUUAAAAGUUUACUUGAUUAUAAAUUGAUUAUAUUACUAAUUUCAUUCAAGAUUUUAUUUGGUCCAAUUUAAGUAUCCAUCACCCUAACAAUCCACAUCUGCAACAGAAACUUAAUCGCAACAUGCAUGUUCAUAAGUAGCUCUUACUAUAUUUUGUAGAGGACUCUGUAUACAAGUACUAUAAACGUACUGUUCAAUAAAUAAAUACGAAUACAUAUAACUGUUUUCAUAGUUGGCCAUAGUACCUCUGUGAACCAAUAACCUACACUGAUCAGUCACAAAAUUAAAACCAACCACCUGUCUAAUAUUGUGUAGGUCCCCCUUGUGCUACCAAAACAGCUCUGAUAUGGCGAGGAAUGGACUCCACAAGAUCGCUGAAGACAUUAGCAUCAGAUUCAUUAAGUCCUGCAAGUUGUGAGGUGGGGCCUCCAUGGAUCGGAUUUAUUGUUCCAGCACAUCCCACAGAUGCUCAAUCGGAUUGAGAUCUGGGGAAUCUGGAGGUCAAGGCAUCACCUUGAACUCUUUGUCUCGUUCCUAAGGCCAUUCCUGAAUAAUGUUUGCAGUGUCAGGGUGUAUUAUCCUGUUGAAGGGGUCCACUGCAAUCAGGGAACACCAUUACCAUAAAGCAGGGGUCCUCAAACUCCGGCCCCCCCAGAUGUUGCUGAACUACAACUCCCAUGAUUCUCUGGCUAUCUAUGUAAUUCAAAGAAUCAUGGGAGUUGUAGGUCAGCAACAUCUGGGGGGCCGGAGUUUGAGGACCCCUGCCAUAAAGAGUUGCAUAGUGCCUUUCUCCUUUGGCUAUAUACAUAUAUAUAUAUUUAUAUAUAUAUAUUCAUACACACAUUCACACAUGCAACGUUAAGUCUGUGCCGAAAAUGUCCUUCAAUCACAUGUGUUCUCAAUCUGGAGAUUUGUCCAAUCAAAGGAUAUAGAUUGUAAGCUCGUUUGAGCAGGGUCAUCUUCAGUCUAUUGUUCCUGGGUGUUUUCUUGUAAUUCUCCUAUUUAUAGUUAAAUCCCCCUCUUAUAAUAAUGUAAAGUGCUACGGAUUCUGUUGGCGCUAUAUAAAUGGCAAUAAUAAAUAAAUAAAUAGGUGGUACAUGUUAAAGUGACAUUCACAUGCUUGGCAGGACCCAAGGUUUCUAAGAAGAACACUGCCCAGAGUAUAACACUGCCUCCGCCUGCCUGCCCUCUUCCUAUAGUGCAUCCUGCUGCCAUUUCUUAAUCAGGUAAAUGACGCACACAUACCCAACUAUCCACCUGAUCUAAAUGAAAAUGUGAUUCAUCAGACCAUGCAACCUGCUUCCAUUGCUUCAUGGUCCAGUUCUGAUUCUAAUGUCCCCAUUGAGGGCACGUUCGAUGGUGGACAGGGAUCAUCACGGGCACCAUGACAAGUCUGCGACUACGCACCCCCGUAAGCAGCAAACUGCAAUGCACUGUGUGUUUUGACAGCUUUCUCUUAUGGCCAUCAUUACAUUUUUAAGUAAUUUGAGCUACAGUAGCUCUUUUGUAUGAUUGGACCAGACAGUUUACCCUUUGCACAUAUGCAUCAAUGAGGCUUGGGCACUUUCAUGCCAGUUCACCACUUGUCCUUCCUUGCACCACUUUUAGAAGGCACUAACCCCUGCAUACUGGGAACACGCCACAAGACUUGCCACUUCUACCCAGUCGUCUAGCCAUCACUAUUUGAUCGUUGUCAAAGUCACUUAUAUUUUUGCUUGUCCAUUUUAACUGCUUCUAACAUUCAAGAAAUGACUGCUCACUUGCUGCCUAAUUUAUUCCAUCCCUUGACAGGUGUCAUUGUAACAAUAUAAUCAAUGCUGUUUAUUUUCAAAUUGAAUUCAUGUAUACAUUCAAUGGACCCUUCAGAUCUUUUCAGCGUUAAUUAAUUGUUCAUCAAUACAAUUCUUUUAGCAUGCAUAUUUGCAAUAGAGAAUUCGAAUUUGACUCUCAGACAUUAGGUUAGAGAUGGGGUUAUAGAACAGAACCCUUUAAAUGUAUUGGGUGUAUAAGGGUAUAAACAUACAUAUACACAUGCAUAUAUAUAUAGCUACCAAAAAGAUUGUGGUGAGGCCAAACACAGUUCCAAUAGAAAAAUGAACCUAGAUAUCUCAAGUUGGAGUUUGAGAAGUCCCUCAUUGCCCAUGGUUAAAAAAGCUGUGUUUAAAGCAAUUUCUAUUACUAGAGGUACCUGCAGAAAUGAGAUCUGAAACACAAUGCCUGUGUGUGUUCAUUUGCAUAUCAAACUGGGAACUAUGGGAUAGUUAUAGGAACAUGACUUCUCGAGUUUCUGUGUACCAGGAGGACUCUUAAAGUCCAACUUGAUAUAUGUUGGUGAUGUAUUAUAGCAAUGUAUCUAAAAAUUGGCCAGACUGAUAUGCACUGAAGUGGUGUCAGUGAUAAAUUCUUCUGUACGUGACCCUGUAUGUGUCCUUAUGCUCUUGCAGUUAAAUUUUAACUAGACACACAAACAGUAACCAGUGUCAGUGUCCAGAGAUACCAAGAAAUACACUGUUCAUCUAGAGAACAACCAUGCCAUAUCUGUCUUUUCUCCCUUUUUACCCACUCUUGCUCCAUGCAUGAGUUCAUCUCCGUCAAUUAUUUAUUUAUCUUGAAUUAGCAUAGUCUCCUCUCUGUCUCAUCCCCCCUUUGCUUAUCAUUUUACAUUAUUUAUCAUACUCCAGAUCACUGGAAAAUUCCCCAAUACCCUCUCUAGUGUCUGCUCUCUACAUUAUAUUCUCACAAGCUCCUGUGCUGUCUACACUUGUUAUUCUCCCCAGAAAAUCUACUUUUUCCACCUGUUUUAUCCCAACGCCCCAUCCUAUAGGGAGUAUUUACCUGCCUUUCUCCUAAGACACAUUUCUAGUUUACAUCUUAAUCUUCUGACCUUCUCCUGUCUCCACCAAAAAUUCUAACUAGCACACUCACUAGCUUAUAUCUGGUUUUAUCACUAACCCCUUUCAGCCUCCAUCUGUCUUUCUCUCCAGGCCCUUCUACAAAUUCCAGGUCUCACUUUCGUUUCCAAUUGUAAUUUUCUCAAUACACUUCCCACCACAUUUUUCCCCCAGUAUGCCGUAAAGUCUUCACAUGCCAUAUUUCUAACAACCAAUAACAUCUUCACCUGUUUUUCUUCCCUGGACCUCCUCACCUCAAGUCAACAGCUAUUGUAUUAAAGAACAUCCUCCAUUUUACCUACACCCUAAUCAUGUAACUACCGUAUUCUCCAAUCAUUCUCCCUAGAUCCUCAUAAGGUUUCCACCUCUAUUUUUUUAUUUGGUCAUGUCACAGCUUUGUAUUAGUGCACAGAACUAGGACCAAGCCUAACCUGACACAGUGCUAAUUGAGCAUAUAUGUAAUCAAUACAAAUAAGAACCUGAAAAAAAAACACUUCUAGGUUCCUCUUUUUUGUGAAAUGCAAAAAUGAUGGUCCGUCUAAUUUGAUUACCAUUAUAUUGUUUUACAAAUUAUAUGAAAUCAGUUUUCAGUAGUUAUAAAAGAUGGAAAAUAACUUAUUUUCAUUUAUAUUAUUUACAGAGAUAUAACUCGCUCUAUAAAGCGAUUAAACAUGUAAAAACAUGAAUAUUUAAUGAACACUCCAAACAACAACAGCAAUUUAGCUUGUUGAAAUGCUUUACGUAUGACUAGUGUAUCCCUUCUUUUAAAAAAGUGAAGAUUUCAAUAGAAAAUUGCUUUUUUAUAAAUGAGCCUUGUUACACCUCUAUGCCUGUCAAUCAGGCAUCUGGUUCUGUUUCUUCCUGGUUGUUUAGCUUAGUGGAGCUAAACACAAAAGGCAGCAAUUGCCCAGAGCCCCUGUCUUGCAAAGACUCAAGUGCCGCUCAACCAGCGCUGUGGUCCAAGACAUGGGGAGUCCACCAGGAACUAUCCCAGGCCCUGGAUAUAUCUCCAAUGAAUAUAUAUAUGCAUUUUCAUGUAUGUUUUAAUUGGAGGUAUAACUUGAAAUUGCUUGCAAAAGCUGCAGCUUUUAUGGACUGCAGCCUUUGCAAGCCCCCUCUCCCCCCUUUUCCCUACAAGAGACUUUCAGUCUCUUCAUAUGGAAAUGAUAAAAUAUGAAGUAUAAGUGCUCACUAUAUCUCAAAAGAUGGGUAAAGGCAGCAGAUAAUCACACAAGAUUUCCCCAACCUUGUGAAAGUUAGAAUACAACAGAAAGGAAAGAGAUAAUCCACGCCUGUGGUUACAAAUAGAUAUGAGUAUAUACAUACGUGGAUACAACAGUAUCUUGUUGCUAGAUGAAUCUCAGAAACAAAAACAAAUAUAACACAUAAUCCAAGUGUAGUAAUUAUACAAAAACAUAAGGGGGUAUAUUGAAAUGAAAGCACACUCACAUAUGGAAAGAUCUUAUCAGAUGCUUUUCAUUUAUAUACAUUUUAAAUUCCCAACAAUGACAGUAUUUACAAAUGUCUUCAUCUUAUAAUAACAUCUACCUAUUUUGGGGGGCAAUAGGUAAUGCAAUGAGCGAGCUGUUUUCACAUAUUAAUAUAUACAUUAGUGCAAGGUCAAUUUGUAUUAAAAGUGAAUAAAAUAAUAUUCACUAUCCACAUAGUGUUUAAUAAUGGAAGACACGUAGAAAUUAUAUCUGUCAUUGAACAUCUGUGCCAAGUUGGCAGAAUUGUGCGUGACCUGUUUUGAGAGUGGAUGACCCUAUGUCACUGGAUAGAUGGACUCGAGUGGACAAAGUCCAUUGCUUGUCUUGAUAGGGGGUGCUUGUUUUGUAGAGCCUUGACCAAUGCAUCAAUUUAUUAAUAGCCUGGUAUUAGAAAAAUGCCAAAAUAGAACAAUAUUCAUCUUUCUGUUAUCUUCUUUUUAGUAUCAAAUCUAGUAAGUGACUAUCGCUCAUUUAUUCACUUCAGCCUUCUUUGUCAUGAUUUAACCCGAAUGUAAUCCUAUACACCAUCAAAAAAAAAAAUGUUUCUUAUGAACAAAUACUGAUGAUUUUGAUGUACUGAACAUUUGGGUAAAUAUUUGUCUUGCUAAAACUGGCAAAUAUUUGUUGCUCAAGAUAAACAAAGAGCCAAAUGUCUGUAGCUUGUAAAAUGGCCUUUGUUAUUUGCAUCCUGUAAAAUGCACGUGUCAAGGGUGUCUACGUGUGAUUCUCAGCUUUUGGCGAACUACAACUUCCAUGAUGCUUUGCUAGUUACAGAUUUUGUUUUUUUGUUUUCAUCUAUAUGACCUCUCCAACGCAUGCAUACACCGCAAACAUAAACAUAUCUAGAAAUUUAAAGGGACACUAUAGUCACCAGAACAACUACAGCUUAUUGCAUUUGUUCUGGUGAGUAGAAUCCUUCCCUUCUAGUUUUAGCUGUGAGCAUUGUCUUUUCAGAGAAAAUGCAGUGUUUACAUUACAGCCUAGGGAUACCUCCACUGGCCACUCCUCAGAUGGCUACUAGAGGUGCUUCCUGGUGCAGUACUGCACAGUGUGACUGACAUUCAGUGUCUCCACCUUCUGCCUCCAGACACUGAACAUUCACUUUCACUGAACUCAUAGAGAUGCUCUGAUUCAAUGUAUCUCUAUGAAUAGAUGCUGAUUGGCCAGGGCUGUGUUUGGCUUGUGCUCUGCCCCUUAUCUACCUCCUUGACAAUCUCAGCCAACCCCAUGGGGAAGCAGUGUGAUUAGCUCAGAGAAUCACUUCUGAUGAUGUCAGCAGACACAGGCAGUUUCAGAGGCAGAAGGGGCAGAGCCAGCAGCUUUCGACUUGAAUAAAAGUAAGAUUUUACUAUAUUUAGGGAGGAAAGGGGGAGAACCAGAGGGGCUAGAUGGUGAUUUAACACUAUAGGGUCAGGAAUACAUGUUUGUGUUCCUGACACUAUAGUGUUCCUUUAAAUAUACAAAAAUAAGUCAUGUGCUCAAACUCCCACCACUCCUGGGCGGCAGCAAUGACUAUAGUACACAUCAGCCCCAAAAUAACUAGAAAUGUGGUUGCCAUUUGCCAACUGAAGCCUCUGUGUAACCACUGUUGACUAACUCUGUUGUUCUCUUUUCUUUGUGCUUCCCAUCUUCUUGUUAUUAAAGUGCGCACAAUCAUAUUCUGAAACCUGUUUUCUUAGUUUGUUUUAUUAUUAUUAUUUCCACCUACUCAGUGCUUCAAGGUUUUCUUUCAACACACCUACACCCAGGGCCGGCCUUAGGGGUGUGCGAGCUGUGCGGCCGCACAGGGCGCCAUGGAGCAGGGGGCGCCCUGCGGCCGACGUAGCUCACACAUGGCCGGCCUAGCAUUUAAAAAAUAAAUAAAUAAAUUGUGGCGGGCGUGGAGCUUCCCGCGCGGCGGUGGAGGAGUUUUCGGUGUGCCGGGGGUGGAGCAUCCCGUGCGGCGGGGCAGAGCUAAAAGUGCCGGAUAACUGCUACAGGGGAAGCAGGAAGGAGUCCCUGCUUCCCCAACAAACAGUCUCCAGGAGCUGCACUGUCUCCACAAUGAACAGAGGUAACUAUGUGUGAUUGUCAGUGUGACUGUCUCUGUGUGUGUGUGUGUGUGUGUGUGUGUAUGACUGUCUGCCUGUGUGUGUGACAGUCUGCCUCUGUGUGUGUGUGUGUGUGUGUCUGUCUAUCUGUGUGUAUUCCUGUCUGCCUGUGUGUGUGUGUAUGACUGUCUGCCUGUGUGUGUGUGACUGUCUGCCUGUGUUUGUGUCUGUGUGUGUGUGUGACUGUCUGUCUGUGUGUGUGUGUGUGUGCAUGACUGUCUGCCUGUGUGUAUGUGACUGUCUGCCCGUGUGUGUGUAUGACUGUCUGCCUGUGUGUGUGUGUGUGUGACUGUCUAUCUGUGUGUAUUCCUGUCUGCCUGUGUGUGUGUGUAUGACUGUCUGCCUGUGUGUGUGUGACUGUCUGCCUGUGUUUGUGUGUGUGACUGUCUGCCUGUGUGUGUGUGUGUGCGUGCGUGACUGUCUGCCUGUGUGUGUUUGUGUGGCUUUCUGCCUGUGUGUGUGGCUGCCUGUGUGUGUGUGGGGGGGGGGCUGUCUGCCUGUGUGUGUGUGUAUGUGUGUGGCUGUCUGUGUGUGUGUGUGUGACUGUCUACAUGUAAGUAUGUGUGUGUAAGACUGUAUGUGUGGCUGUGUGUGUGUGUGUAAAACUGUAUGUGUGGCUGUGUGUGUGUGGCUGUCUGCCUGUGUGUUUGGCUGUCUGCCUGUAAUUGUGUGUGGCUGUGUUUAUCUACCUGUAACUGUGUAUGUGUGUUACUGCCUGUACCUGUGUGUUUCUGCCUGAUCCUGUGUAUGUGACUAUCUGCCUGCGACUAUGUGCAUGUGGUGGAUUUGACAGUGUAUAUGUAUAACUGUGUGCAUCUGACUGUGGGACUAUGUGCAUAUAACUCUGCAAAAAUAUACACCUGCAUUCACACACAGACCUAAAUGCAUGUUGAUAUCUGAAUUAAAUAACCAUCACACACAGCGAAUAGACCCAGCACAAAUAUCAAAUACAACCAAUACACGCAUAUCACACACUGUUAAUAAAUCCAUUACAAAUAUCACACACAGCCAACACAUAGCAUACAUAUUACACACAGUCAUCACACCUAUCACAUACACAGACAACACAAACAUUACAUCAUACAAGGAUGACUGGGGGGGAUGGGGGCGCGCUGUGAAGAUUUUUCGCACAGGGCGCCUAAGGCCGGCCCUGCCUACACCCAUCUCUUCAUUCAGUCGCUCUCUGAGGCUUAUGACCCCAGUGCAAAAUCACCCCAAAGGUCUAGUGUGCCAGUGAGUUUAAAGGGACAUUAUAGGCACCAAACCACUACACCUUUAUGUAGUGGUGUUGGUGCAUAGAUGCUGUCCCAUUUUAUAGACAAUGUAAAACAUUGCUGUUUCUGAAAAAAUGUCAAUGCUUACAUUUGGCAAAAACAUGCAUCUAGUCUAGUGACUGCCAGACAGAAAGCUACUAGAGUCACUUUCUACUUACAUACUUUUAUAUUUGCACAGCGUGAUGAAAACCACGGCUAGUUCCUAUAGAGUAGUAGGAGGUAUUAUAAGGAGAGGUUAUAUUGAGUAGUAGGAGGAGUUAUAGAGAAAGGUUAUAUGGAGUAAUAGGAGGAGUUAUAGGGAGAGGCUAUAUGGAGUAAUAGGAGGAGUUAUAGGGAGAGGCUAUAUGGAGUUAUAGGAGGAGUUAUAGAGAGAGGAUAUAUCGAGUAAUAGGAGGAAUUAUAGAGAGAGGUUAUAUGAAGUAAUAGGAGGAGUUAUAGGUAGAGGUUAUAUGGAGUAAUAGGAGGAAUGCACCUGAGGAAGACCUUGUGUUAUGGUCGAAAUGCAUAGUGCCUGCUUUUUAUUCUAAUAUUACAUAUUUCACUUCGGGUUCCUGUAUUUCCAUCCAGAGAUACAUUAUUACCUUCUGGGGGGACCUGCAUUCGCUCCAGCAUCAACUUUGGAUUGAUGAACAUGCUAUUAUACUUUAGAGCCGACUCAUAGGGCUCUUUAAUUGUGAGUGCUCCAAGUUACUCUCCAUUAUACUGUGUAUAGAUAUAUUACCCUAUGGUGGUUUUUUAUGUCUGUUAUCCCCAGGUAUAGAACGUGUACCUACUAUAGACCAUUGUGUGCGCAAACUCCCUUCUCUUCUAUAUCCUAAUAGGAGGAAUUAUUGGGAAAGGUUAUAUGAAGUAAUAGGAGUAGUUAUAGAGAGAGGUUAUACGGAGUAAUAGGAGGAGUUAUAGGGAGAGGUUAUAUGGAGUAAUAGGAGGAGUUAUAGGGAGAGUAGGGAGAGGUUAUAUGGAGUAAUAGGAGGAGUUAUAGGGAGAGGUUAUAUGGAGUAAUAGGAGGAGUUAUAGGAAGAGGCUAUAUGGAGUAAUAGGAGGAGUUAUAGAGAGAGGCUAAAUGGAGUAAUAGGUGGAGUUAUAGGGAGAGGUUAUAUGGAGUAAUAGGAGGAGUUAUAGGGGGAGGUUAUAUGGAGUAAUAGGAGGAGUUAUAGGGAGAGGUUAUAUGGAGUAAUAGGAGGAGUUAUAGGGAGAGGUUAUAUGGAGCAAUAGGAGGAGUUAUAAUGAGCGAGUAUAUGGAGUAAUAGGAGGAGUUAUAGGGAGAGGUUAUAUGGAGUAAUAGGAGGAGGUAUAAUGAGAGGUUAUAUGGAGUAAAAAGAGGAGUUAUAGAGCGAGGUUAUAUGGAGUAAUAGGAGGAGUUAUAGGGAGAGGAUAUAUGGAGUAAUAGGAGGAGUUAUAGGGAGAGGUUAUAUGGAGUAAGUAGGAGGAGUUGCAGGGAGAGGUUAUAUGGAGUAAUAGGAGGAGUUAUAGGGAGAGGAUAUAUGGAGUAAUAGGAGGAGUUAUAGAGAGAGGUUAUAUGGAGUAAUAGGAGGAGUUAUAGAGAGAGGUUAUAUGAAGUAAUAGGAGGAGUUAUAGAGAGAGGUUAUAUGGAGUAAUAGGAGGAUUACAGGGAGAGGUUAUAUGGAGUAAUAGGAGGAGUUAUAGGGAGAGGUUAUAUGAAGUAAUAGGAGGAGUUAUAGGGAGAGGUUAUAUGGAGUAAUAGGAGGAGUUAUAGAGAGAGAGGUUAUAUGGAGUAAUAGGAGGAGUUAUAGGGAGAGGUUAUAUGGAGUAAUAGGAGGAGUUAUAGGGAGAGGUUAUAUAGAGUAAUAGGAGGAGUUAUAGAGAGAGGCUAUAUGGAGUAAUAGGAGGAGUUAUAGGGAGAGGUUAUAUGGAGUAAUAGGAGAAGUUAUAGACAGAGGUUAUAUGGAGUAAUAGGAGGUGUUAUAGGGAGAGGUUAUAUGGAGUAAUAGGAGGAGUUAUAGAGAGAGGUUAUAUCGAGUAAUAGGAGGAGUUAUAGGGAGAGGCUAUAUGGAGUAAUAGGAGGAGUUAUAGGGAGAGGUUAUAUGGAGUAAUAGGAGGAGUUAUAGAGAGAGGUUAUAUGGAGUAAUAGGAGGAGUUAUAGGGAGAGGUUAGAUGGAGUAAUAGGAGGAGUUAUAGGGAGAGGUUAUAUGGAGUAAUAGGAGGAGUUGCAGGGAGAGGAUAUAUGGUGUUAUCCAAUGAGCAAAGGAGUUGUUUGGAGAGAUAUCAGGAUCAGUAGGUGUUAUAUAGAGUUUUCUUUAGCAAUAGUAUGGAUUUUUAUAAGGGAUAACAUGAAACUAUAUGAUGAAAUAUUGCUAGAGGUUACAAUAAGAAAGAUUACAAAUCGUUUAGCAUGAACUACAAAAAGCUCUUUAUAGAUGUUUCUGACAUCUCUAUUCAGCCUUAAAAGCAGAAACAGACAGUUACAUGGAAGAAGGAGGAGGUGGAGGAAGGAUAUGGUCUAUGGCCCUUUCAGCAGCUGGAGAUUGAAGAGCAGAGAGAGCUGGAGACUGGCCACACAUUCCUCGAGUUUAAAGCAAUAAAGCUUGGGCAGGGAGUAAUCUGAAAGGAUUUCCUGGAUAUCAGAAGGCAAGGCAUGAAGGCCAGGAACACAUCACCUGCAUGAGAGGAGAGUGGAGAGCUGGCCGACGAAUUAUAGAGGGAGGGGUGGAUAAAAAAGUGAGAAUUGAGGAAAAAAGAGGGUGAUGGGUAGAGACGGGAAUGAUGCACGUUUGAGGAAGAAAAAAAAAUAGGGACUGGAUAUCGAAAUAAAAGGGAAACAUGGGAAAUUAACAAUAUGGUCUUAUGACACAAUGGGAAGACACACACAUUUAGGUUAAAGGGACACUAUAGUCACCUGGACAACUUUAGCUUAAUGAAGCAGUUUUGGUGUAUAGAACAUGCCCCUGUAGCCUCACUGCUCAAUCCUCUGCCAUUUAGGAGUUAAAUCCCUUUGUUUAUGAACCCUAGUCACACCUCCCUGCAUGUGACUUGCACAGCCUUCCAUAAACACUUCCUGUAAAGAGAGCCCUAUUUAGGCUUUCUUUAUUGCAAGUUCUGUUAUAAGAUUUUCUUAUCCCCUGCUAUGUUAAUAGCUUGCUAGACACUGCAAGAGCCUCCUAUAUGUGAUUAAAGUUCAAUUUAGAGAUUGAGAUAAAAUUAUUUAAGGUAAAUUACAUCUGUUUGAAAGUGAAACCAGUUUUUUUUUUUCAUGCAGGCUCUGUCAAUCAUAGCCAGGGGAGGUGUGGCUAGGGCUGCAUAAACAGAAACAAAGUGAUUUAACUCCUAAAUGACGGUGAAUUGAGAAGUGAAAUUGCAGGGGAAUGAUCUAUACACUAAAACUGCUUUAUUUAGCUAAAAUAAUUUAGGUGACUAUAGUGUUCCUUUAAAAGGCUGAGCGGUAAAAUUGAGGCCAUCUAACUGUUCUCUAAAAACAAAGUGUACAACCACUACAGCUCACUUUAGUGGUUAGGAAGCUUGAAGUGUGUAAGAACCCAUUGGGGUUGUGUUUAGUACUGGAACUAAGGUGCAGUAAUAACUCUCCCUUACAAGCAUGAUCUACAAAGAUCCUGAGAUUGAGAACAAGAUUCUGUGGGGUCAGUGAUGCACGGGGGCUUUAAAAAAAUAAAUAAAGGAAAAUCCACCUGUGGGAGGGGUUACCUGAGGUCAAUAUGAAUGACUGUAGGGCCAUCGUGGAUACAUCAUUGUCCUAUCUCCGCCACACCUCUUCCAACCUCUGACUUGCAGACCAUUCUCUUCAUGCAGCGGCAAUGAGUAUCUUUGCGGCCCAGGCCACACUGUCCUACCGGGAUACUAGGAAAUUUCCUGGUAGGCCGUCUGCCAGUGUAUUAGAUUGGGGGCCAGAGUAUUAGAUUGGGGGGGCAUAGUAAGUAACUUAAAUUGAAGAUUUUGAGUAAAUUAUAUAUAUGUACCCAGGAUUACAUAUUGGUGUAGGUCAAACUCUUUUUUUUUUUGUCGGCCCCCACUUAAGCUUAAACCUUGUUUAUUUGGCCUGUGCCACCUUUUGAGUUUGACAUGCUUGUGAUAAGUGAUGGCAGUAAAAGUGAGUGAACCUACUAGGUGCGGUGAGAAUGGUAGGAGAAACAAACUUCAGGAAAGAAAAGAAUGAAAUAAGUCAGCAGAAAGAUGGAAAGGGUAUGGGAAAAAGAACACGAGAAAAUGGGGGAGAGAUAAAGGUGAAAACCAAUUAACACCAUAAGGAACAAUCUGAGCUGAUAGGUUUAGCAUGUUAUUUAUUAAGCUACCUCUGAAAUAUUCUCCAGCAUUGAAUAGAGCAAGGUAGAUAAAUAUAGGAGAGGAGUGAAUAGAAAAUAGAUAAUUACUGCGAAUAAAGAACGAGUACAUGUGUGCUUUUAAAAUGUCAGAAAAACCUCAACACAUUCAAGUGGUUUGCUCAUGUCACUCGAUUUCUGACACUUAGCGGACAGACCAUUAUAUACACAUCGCUCUUCCAUUAAAGGGAAUUUGAGACACGACAGAUAACAACCAGGGAUGUCAUAUGGAGAUUGUCCCUUAUGCUACAACGUGACACCGUGACACAAAACAGAGACAUCUGUAUAAAUGAAUCACACGGCACAAGGUCAGCAACAAAAUAGUCUAUAUUUAAGCUGUUACGCUCAUUAUAACAGAUAACUCAAUGUCUUAGACACAGUGUAUACUGUACACACGAACACUACGACAGCCAAGAGGUUAAAAUUCCUUACGUCCAUUGUGUUGCCCAUAAAGGAAGGAGAUCAAUUGCCAAUCUGGCUCAGCUCCAGCACUGCUUUCUGAGAUUACCAUCUUGGAUGGAAAUCACGCUAGCUCUGCAGAGCCCGAGAAAAAAAAAAAUACACAUGGACCAGCCAGCACCUUCUAGAGAACCUGUCAGACUUUCCAUGAGGUCAUAAAAAGGCUGGGUCUAGAGAACAGCAGAAAUCACAAUGUGUUGCAGUGAGAGUGGUGGGGGGAGGCAUUGGGGGCCAGAGGUGACCUCGUUAACACCUUGGAACCAGCACUGGGGUUUUCUCAUUGGCUCUAGAGCAAUUUUAUGAGGAUUUACACCAAAAGCUGUAACUCCUAUUGCAACGUUAACAGUUUUGCUGACAAAGACAUAUCAGAGUUUGUAUCCCUUAUCUCCUUUCACUAUUUGUUACUGUGCCCGUCACUGUGCCCGGGAAAUAGUGUUCCAUCUCAGGUGAAUAAACCAUUAAUUUAGCUGUUAAGACAGGGUUACAAAAACAAACAUAUAUCUUCUGCAUAGGAAAGGUGGUUCUCCAUGCAACUGCAUUUUUUUUAACACAUACUCAACUUCUUAACUAUUUAUAUGCUCUGAAUCUACUCUUAAGAACACAAGCAUGUGGAUGAUGUAUGUGAAUUUCUAAAAAGCAAUAAUGCACGCCUGGAAGCAUUGUGCUCAUUUUCUGAGUACUCGUACUAUACAAUAUAUCAUAUAAAUAUCAAAUAAGUUUCUUCUGAUCAUAAAACAUUCCCCCACAAAAAACCCCCCCAAAAAUAAACCAACGAGAGACAUUGUAGGAACUAUAACCAUUUGAAUUGACUAUAGUGCCUGGAAUCCCCUGGCACUGUCGCUGCAUUCAGUGUUAACCCAUUUUGAGCAGUUUAGCACUGCAGAGAUUACACUCUCAACCAAUCACAGCUGCCAAUUGCCGCUCAGGCUAAUGAUUCCACAUUAGUACAAGCAGCACAGAGGGGAUGGAAUGUUGAGGACUCACUUAGCACUAAAACAAUCAUAAUAAUUUAAUGCAAAAUGGAAGGACGGCAAGGGGAACUCAAGACGAGGGCCGGCGCUAUCUGUUAGGCAGACUAGGCAGCCACCUACAGCGCCCCUUGGGAAGGGGCGCCACCAGGAGCACGGCCCCCCUCAUGCUGCAGCCGUCCGAGCGCUCUGUAGAGAGCCUCAGGCGGCUGCAGCUUUGCCCGGGCGCAGCAUGAGGAGAGGGGCUGACAGGAGGGAAGCGCUCAGCGCUCCCUCCUGUCACUCCCUCACUGUAGCGUGGCCGAGCCCUCUAUUGGUCCACGGGUACAGGGAGCAUCUGUCUCCUGUACCCGGCCGGACUAACAGGAAGUGCACACUGAGUUACAGUGUCCCUUUAAGGAUGGUUGAACAAAGCAGCUGCCUAGCUAUUGGCUGUAGACUGGUUUGGACUUGCACACUUUGGACAAGGUGGCAAGUGCAAGUGAAUGCAUUUUUUGUCCAUAAAAAGGUACAGAUCUCCUUGUAUGCUCCUUCUCAAACAGGACUUGAUAUAUAUGGGUUUGGCAGAUAGAGGCUGCUGGAGGUGCAACAUUUGAUAUUUUAUACCCCUGCAACCUUCAUGGAUAUGACCUGUACAGUGAGAUGCUAACUCUGUUUUUUACGUCAUUGCUACCAAUGACAACCGGUGUGUGUGUGUUAUGAAUGUUAUAUGUAUGUCAUAUGCAUAUGAACUUACGUCUCUUUUAAACCUUGUAGGGACAUUGUGGUAUGGUUCAUUCCACCAUUAAAUUUUGUAGUGGGCUUGGAGAAUAUGAAGUACUAUCACAAUACGCAUUCCUUCUGCUAUUAUUAUCCACAGAAGAAUUGUCUGUGGCUAAGUCCUACAAGUCCUGUAUGUUAGUGGCUUGUGAGUGAGUUGUUCUAACCCCACCUACCCUCCCAUUACCAGCCCUUUUCUGGCAGGAGACCACUGUUACCAGAUCUUUAACAUUGAAAACAUGAUGCCCAUCUAGGGACACCCAGUUGUAGCACAGUUGUAGCACAGUAAAUGGCCUGACACUGUGUGUUUCGCAUUUGGGUUUAUAUAAUGGCAAUAUCUCAAUCUUGAAAAGGUGUUUCUCUGAGGGUUUUAUAUUGUAGCUCAACUCAAUUUCCCUGCUUUUUGGGUUUAUCAGCUAGAUGUGUGCAGUCCCGCUCAGCAUAAUAAACUCACAUAUUUUGAGGUCUGGAGUACAGCUAAGUGUAUGUAACCUAGCUCAGCUCUGUCUCCUUGGCUUCUUAUCUGUCUCUCACAGCUAUUUGUAUGAAUCUUGUUCAAGAGGUUCAUAAAAAUAUACGGAAAGAGCCAACUAUGACUCUUAAGCUUGGAAGUACGUGAAAGUGUCAUGGUCAGGAGAAGAGGUAAUUUUGAGUUUAUCUUCUUGAUUUCACCUAAACUUGUAAUGAAAACCUUGUUUACGUCAUAUUUUUAUUCUGUCUUAAAUUUGACAAGUAAAAGAAAUUAAUUCUUGGGGGAUAACAAUGGUGUUUUUUUUUCACUUUUUAUAUUGGAGCUAUUUUGCCUACCAACUGAACUUUGCUUCUGUACACCCUCUGAUUGUAAGGAAUUACGUGCCAAACGCUAAACCUAAACCGAAUAGAAAGGAUUGGGAUGUUAGGUGAGAGAGAUAUAUUAAGGAUGCUAAAGAGGGCAUGCAUAAAGAAUUGGCAGAGUAUAAUAAAAGAUAAGGUAUGGGUUCCAGAAAUUCUAAAAAUGGAAAAACUACUAGAACUGCAAAAAGGAAACUGAGUUCACUGGGGUCCAGGACAUAAAUACCAGAAUGACAACUGUAUUCCAUCAAUUUGGCCGUACUGAAGGUUUGAGAACAUUCAUCUAAAAUUCGAUGCAGUCAAAUUGAUGUGGGCAGAAAUGAUUAUUUACAAAGGUGCUUUGAGUUUAAGCAUCAUCAGAGGCACUGUCACCUUGCAAGGAUGUCAUUGGUAGGUUAAGGUGAUUAUCCAUUUUACCGAGGUCAUGAUCCAUAAGGGAAGCCCGCUGAAUUGGUUAUGAUGCAAGGAGUAUCCUGGUACCUUUAACUGGUAAGUGGUCAAACUGUUUGCCACUAACCUAGGUCCCGCUGGUCACAGGUCUGCAAUGAAUAGAGAAUGCAGAGGCCAGAUGUCGAUAAUGCUGUUCAUUCAUUGGCUAAGAGCAUCUCAGGCAAUAAAUUAGUGCAUGUGCAUAGAAUAUGCAUAGACUUCACAUUAGCCAGCUCUGAACGUUUAGGCUGGCUAAUGCGUGCUGCAAGGUGGAGUUAAAUCUUUAGUAGCAAGCUGCAGUAUCUCUUUACACCAUGACCACUUCAAAACACUGCAGUGACGGUGGUGCCUAGACUAAGUAACUAAACAUUAAAUGUUUAAAGAAAUAAACAUCAUCAUAAAUGCAUUGACUGAAAAAUAUUACCUUCCGAAUAGCUCAUUCAGUCUCACGUUUACUUUGAUGGCUUUAGGCACACUAUCAAGGUUAUUCACUCAAGUGCGAAUUUAAAGUGAAUUUCCAAUUUUAGGUCAAAGUAGCCGAACUGGAAGCAUGGCUGACUAAAAUAAUUUUUCUGAUUCGGCUAUUUUGGCCUUAAAAUUUAAAUUUGCUCUGAAUUCUCACCUUAGUGAAUAACCCUGUAUGGCUGGUGGCUGUUGAUUUAAUGCAAACUUCAUUUGGCUGAGCAUUCUGAGACUAUUUGUCCAUGGCGGACAAAUAAACCAGAUAUUUUUACUCUACUAUUAGUAAGGAGACUGGCAGGUGUACCUAUCAGACAGGCUACCUAUCUAUUAACCCAGUUACUCCUAUGCAAUGCUCUCCCACACCGUAUGUGCGUGUUCUGGUAUCUUUGUAAAUAGUUAGGUCUUUACCAGUGCUGGUGUUUGGCGCCGAUUAAUUUCACCUGGUGUUUUUUAUGCUCAAUGACUAAAAAUGCAGGCCUCGUUAACAAACAUGCAAGACAUACAUACAACAGGCACAGACUCCCCACUGACAUAAUACUACACACAGGCCUCAGUAAUACAAAAAACUACAUGCCGGCCCACACGCGCACUGAGUUGAAAACCAUUCAUCGCUAAUGACAUUCACACAGCACUUCAUUAUCCAUCCAGGCUGUUACAAAGGACAGUUUCUGUCACAGGGACGUAACACACGCACAUUGCUUACAGAACUGGCCUCUGCAAUGCUCGCAUUCCUGAUGCAAACGGAGCUCUGUGGCACAUACACAUGAUUGCUGACACGAACAUUUUGCUGAAACGCAUAAAAUAAAAUAACAGUAACAAAUAUAUCAAAAUCUAUAUUCACAUGUACGUAUAAAUUGUAAAUGUUAUGUUUUAUGUUGCUUUCUGACAAACAACGCAGUAAUUGCAUUCACAAUCCAUGCUGACGACCAAAUACACAAACCUAGUGAUGCAUAAGACAGACAUAGAAACAUAGAAACAUAGAAUGUGACGCCAGAUAAAAACCAUUCGGCCUAAUUUUCUAAAUACUUUCAUUAGUCCCUGGCCUUAUCUUAUAGUUAGGAUAACCUUAUGCCUACCCCACGCAUGCUUAAACUGCUUUACUGUGUUAACCUCUAACCACUUCAGCUGGAAGACUAUUCCAUGCAUCCACCACCCUCUCAGCAAGGUAAUACUUCCUAAAAUUAUUUUUAAACCUUUUUCCCUCUAAUUUAAGACUAUGUCCUCUUGUUGUGGUAGUUUUUCUUCUUUUAAAUAUAGUCUCCUCCUUUACUGUGUUGAUUCCCUUUAUAUAUUUAAAUGUUUCUAUCAUAUCCCCCCUGUCUCGUCUUUCCUCCAAGCUAUACAUGUUAAGAUCCUUUAACCUUUCCUGGUAAGUUUUAUCCCGCAAUCCAUGAACCAGUUUAGUAGCCCUUCUCUGAACCCUCUCUAAGGUAUCAAUAUCCUUCUGAAGAUACGGUCUCCAGUACUGUGUACAAUACUCCAAGUGAGGUCUCACCAGUGUUCUGUACAAUGGCAUGAGCACUUCCCUCUUUCUACUGCUAAUACCUCUCCCUAUACAACCAGGCAUUCUGCUAGCAUUUCCUGCUGCUCUAUUACAUUGUCUUCCUACCUUUAAGUCAUCAGAAAUAAUCACCCCUAAAUCCCUUUCCUCAUAUGUUGAGGUUAGGACUCUAUCAAAUAUUCUGUACUCUGCCCUUGGGUUUUUACAUCCAAGAUGCAUUAUCUUGCACUUAUCCAUAUUAAAUGUCAGUUGCCACAAUUCUGACCAUUUUUCUAGUUUACCUAAAUCAUUUGCCAUUUGGCUUAUCCCUCCUGGAACAUCAACCCUGUUACAUAUCUUAGUAUCAUCAGCAAAAAGACAUACCUUACCAUCAAGACCUUCUGCAAUAUCACUAAUAAAAAUAUUAAAGAGAAUGGGUCCAAGUACAGAUCCCUGAGGUACCCCACUGGUGACAAGACCAAGCUUUGAAUAUAUUCCAUUAACUACAACCCUCUGUUGCCUGUCACCCAGCCACUGCCUUACCCAUUCAACAAUAUUGGAAUCCAAACUUAAAGAUUGCAGUUUAUUGAUAAGCCUUCUAUGUGCAACAGUGUCAAAAGCCUUACUGAAAUCUAGCUAAGCAAUGUCUACUGCACCACCCUGAUCUAUAAUUUUAGUUACCCAAUCAAAAAAAUCAAGAUUAGUUUGGCAUGAUCUCCCUGAAGUAAACCCAUGUUGUCUCUGAUCUUGAAAUCCAUGUGUUUUUAGAUGUUCAACAAUCCUAUCCUUUAACAUGGUUUCCAUCGCUUUCCCCACUACUGAAGUAAGGCUUACUGGCCUAUAGUUGCCCGACUCCUCCCUAUUACCUUUCUUGUAAAUGGGCACAACAUUCGCUAACUUCCAAUCUUCUGGGACUACUCCUGUUAACAAUGAUUGGUUAAAUAAAUCUGUUAAUGGUUUUGCUAGUACACCACUAAGCUCUUUUAAUAGCUUUGGGUGUAUUCCAUCAUGUCCCAUUGACUUAUUUGUCUUUACUUUUGACAGUUGAAGUAGAACCUCUUCCUCUGUAAACUCACGUGUAAUAAAUUACUCAUUUAUCCUUUUUCUUAACUGAGGUCCCUUUCCUUAAUUUUCAUCUGUAAAUACAGAACAAAAAUAUUCAUUGAGGCAGUCAGCUAGACGUUUAUCCUCUUCUACAUACCUUCCUUCUUUUGUUUUUAAUCUAACUAAUCCUUGUUUUACUUUUCUUUUCUCAUUUAUGUAUCUAAAAAAAGUUGUGUCCCCCUUUUUUACUGACUGUGCUAUUUCCUCUUCUGUGUGUGAUUUGGAAGCUCUUAUAACUUGCUUAGCCUCUUUCUGCCUAAUCUUAUAGAUCAUUUUGUCUUCCUCACUCUGGGUUUUUUUAUAAUUCCUAAAUGCUAACUUUUUGUUUUUAACUAUCUUGGCCACAUCUGCGGAGUACCACAGUGGUUUCUUGAAUUUUUUGCUUUUACUGACAAGCCUAAUGCAAUUUUCUUUUGCCUUCAAUAGUGCAACUUUUAAAUAAUCCCAUUUCUCUUGGACUCCAUUUAAAUUGCUCCAGUCUGAUAAUGACUCCUCUACACAUAUUCUAAUUUUAGAAAAGUCUGUUUUUCUAAAGUCUAAAACUUUUGUUUUUGUGUGGUGUGACUCAGUCACUGUUCUUAUAUUAAACCACACUGACUGAUGAUCACUGGAUCCUAAACUUUCACCUACAGUAAUAUCUGAUACCAAAUCUCCAUUUGUUAACACUAAAUCUAGUAUGGCCUCUUUACGAGUUGGCUCCUCAACAACUUGUUUUAGAGAUAAUCCCAGUAGGGAGUUUAGAAUAUGUGUGCUCCUGGCACAAGUAGCUAAUUUUGUUUUCCAAUUUACAUCAGGAAGAUUAAAGUCACCCAUGAUGAUAACUUCCCCCUUCAUUGUCAUUUUAGCUAUUUCCUCACCUAGCAGAUUAUCUAACUCUUCAAUUUGUCCUGGGGGCCUAUAAAUCACACCUACACGAGUUACUGUGUGAUUACCAAAUUGUAACGUAACCCAAACGGACUCUAUGUUCACCUCACUAACUUUUAUUAGGCUAGAUUUUAUGCUAUCCUUCACAUACAGGGCCACCCUUUCUUGCCUUCCCUAUCUUUUCUAUAUAAAGAGUACCCUGGUAUUGCUAUGUCCCAGUCAUUUUUCUCAUUAUACCAUGUUUCAGUAACAGUGACUAAAUCUACACUAUCAGUUGCCAUUAUUGCCACAAGUUCAUGGAUCUUAUUCCCUAAACUGCGAGCAUUUGUAGACAUGACUCUAAGCUUAUCAUUUUUUAACACACUUGCUACAGGCACCUUCUGUCCUUGUUUUGGGGGACAAGUGGAUUGAUGUUUUACCACCCUUUUGCCCCCCCUCCUAGUUUAAAUACAUCCAAGCAAAACCUCUGAACUGCUCACUGAGAACAUUUGUUCCCUUUUGAAAAAGAUGCAAACCAUCUUUUUUGUCCAGGUUAUUUCCAUUCCAAACAGAGCUACCAUGAGAAAUAAAGCCAAAUCCUUGCUCCCGACACCAUUCACCAAGCCACAAAGUGUUAUGCACAGGCAGAACUUCAGAGAAUGACAGUGUGGAAGCAACCUGCUGUAUAUCAUUGGCAAAAACACUAAAAACUUCCUUAACCUCUGAAACCUCAUUGCAAGCCAAGUCAUUUGUCCCUAGAUGGACAAGUACAUCCAAUUCCCCUUCAUGCUUUGCUUGCUUAACAAUAUUACAGAUAUGUCACCAGUCUCUGUGAGCAGUAGCUCCGGGAAGACACCUCACAAGACCACCAUUGUCCAUCUCCACACCUCUUAUGAUGGAAUCCCCCAACAACAACUGCUUUCUAUUAGGCCUCACCAUAGUCUCCAAGCCGGUCUCCACAACACCACUAGCCUCAGUGCCUCUCUCCACAACACCACUAGCCUCAGUGCCUCUCGCCACAAUACCACUAGCAUCAGUGCCUCUCUCCACAACACCACUAGCCUCAGUGCCCCUCUCCACAACACCACUAGCAUCAGUGCCUCUCUCCACAACACCACUAGCCUCAGUGCCUCUCUCCACAACACCAUUACACUCUGAAAGUGCAUAAAAUUAAUUAUGUAGAGCAACAGACUGUGCAAUAUGCCUUUUAUCCACAACUCUAAGUCUACCAGAUCCUACAGUAAUCCAUCUGCCAUUCCUAUUAUGUCUCUGCGGCAGUGGCUUUGCAGCAGUUCCAGUCUGAGUUUGUUCACCAGAUAAUUUACAAAUCUCAGACUUCAAAAAUACAAUCUCCUGCCGCAAGAUAGGACAGACACAGACAGACACUUACAAGCCAUUCUGGUACACAUAGACACUUUUAUAAACACACAAACCUACUGACACAAACAAACACAAAUAUACUCUAUUUAAAUAAACUGUGUCUGUGUGCACAGGAAAACACACAAAUUCUAUUGACCGAAAUAAACAUCCUCUACUCUAAACGCGAGAACUGAUUACACAUCCAGUAGUCAGUUCACAUGGGUCCUAUAUAACAUAGCUAUCUUCAUUCUCUGCUGUGGAACAGAUCCAUUUGAUGUCCCACACAUCAGUUAGUUAAAUGGUAGUUUGGACCAAACACAUAAUAUGUCCAAUAGCUUGGCUACUAUGUGUUAGUGUAGUGUGUAUAGACUACUUGGAUGUCCCAUAGACUAGACAUGUGAGUCGUAGAAUAGAACAAACAAAUUCUAUGUUCCAUAAGUUCUGUCUAUGUUGAGCUGAAGUCCCAUAGUUUGGUUUUGUCUAUUAUAUGCCAUAUGCUUCUCAAGUUUUACAGUUCAGAGGUUUUGCAAUCUCAUAUAAAUCAGGUGGUCAUCUGGAUUUUUUUGUAUGAUCCAUAGUGUGCUAGAACUUUAAUUGACUUUGAAGAGGUCAUCUCACAUUUGCUUGCUAAGAAGCCUGACUUUGGUACUGGAUUAAGUGCAUAUUAUACAAAUAUAUUUAGGAAAUGAAGGAAAUAUGUCCAGAUGCUGUUAUAAAGGCCAGUGUGGGGGCUGAAAAUCACAUGCAUUUCAUUUAUAGCUGCCUGGGGUUACAUGAUGUCAGAAUAUUCAUGCAGACUGCAGUCGCAAACUGUCACAUCUUGCAUAUUAUGUGUUGCUUGAAUACGUUUGCUGACAUUCUUCUUGGAUAUACCAAGAAUAAUUUCAUAAAAAGCCCACGAUACCAAUUUCAAUCAUUUUUUUUGUAGCCUGACCUUAAAGCAGAAAAUAUGGAGCAUUUGAUUGGUUAUAGUGAUUGCGGCAAUCGUUCUUCACAAGUGGACCCAUAAAGUAGACUCGUUAAAUAGCCUCGUUAAGUAGAAAAUCCUAACCAUUUUAGUAAAUAGAAUUUUUGCUUCCUGGCAUUAGAUGAAUACAUGGAGGAGUUGAAGGAACAUCUGGAGACUAAGCUAACACAGCUAAUCUGUCCAUAAUCAAACCUUGCCAAGACAAGUCAGAUCCAAAAUUACUUAUCACAAUACAACGUGAGAGCUUAUUUACAUCUUCCAAUUUUGAACAAUUAUAGCAUACAAGGGGAAGGUGUUGGCUCGUAGGGGGUAGGCAUAGAAAACCAAGAAGUACCAACAUAAAAAGUACAAUGCACUUCUAUUUGUAAUCUAUAGGGGGUGCUGAAUAGUCAUUCCUCGCUGAAAGCAAUGCAUUGUGCAGUAAGGGCGCUGAUGAGUGCCUUUAUAAUUGUCAAAAUGUUCCAAAACAGUUUGACAAAAAAGCAUGGGAAGGCAACCAAAAUCACUUUGGUUAGAGGGAUCUCAACCAAGAAAUAUCUAAAUAUAAGUUUCUACUGUAUUUCUAAAUUAUCUCAAAUGAUAUAGUGCUGACUAAUUUGUUGCCUCUUAAUAAAUGCAUAAAAAAUUGUUUUAAAAAAUAAAGAAUCAUGUUGAAACAUUCAAAUAAAUUACAUAUAAUGCUUAUAUCCCGAAUAAAUAUUGGAAACAUGGUCUAUAUGUAAUUUUUAUAACAAAUUAAAUUCGGAUGUUGUAAUACAAGUUAGAUUCUGUCAGUCUAAUAAAAAAGGUAUUACGAGAUACAAAUUGAAUGUGUUAUUUUACAACUGCAUCACUGGACUAAUACCGCCUACAACCUCUACUCUAACAUUAUACAUUGUUUAUAAAAGUCGACUAAAUAAAGACUGGAUUAGAAUUAAGACACCCAUGGACAUAUGCAUAAACAUAGAUAUUGAGUGCUUGAUACAUGUACUUUGUAUUUUGUAGAUCAACUAAACAAAUACUGCUUGUAUUUCUGUUUUGGUGUUGCAGUUGCCUGACUGUAGCUUGAUGGCUCAGAUUUUAUAAAUUCCACUUCAAUGGAAGAAGGGGCCACGGGAGAAUAGAGAUGGCUGGGGAUAAAGAGAUAUAUAAUAGAGCUGUGUAAACACAAGAUGCAUAGCAAGUUAGAGCAGAAUCCCUUAAGUAUAUACAUUCUUCCAUAUAUUUGAGUAUAAUCGCUGCAAAGCAUGAGUUGUUCAUCUGUAUAUUGUAACUAUAUCCCAGUUUAUGACAAUGUAUAUUGGCCGCAAGGCAAGAUUAUUAAUAAUAUAACAGACAACAUAUUUCUCAAGUGGAAGCAUUCCCACAAUGCAUCUGGCUGCAGGGCCCUCAAAUUGCAUGCUACCAUAACAUUAAAAUAUCCUUAGUGAGUUUCUCCGGUGCUGUUCAUCUGCUGUUAUGCAUUCAAUGUGCCAUUUUCCAUUACUUAAGGUUUCACAGCAGAACAAUUUGGGUUGGUUAAAAAGAUUUAUUCAAGAUUCUUAUAAUUCCGUUUUCGCAAAAAAAUGUGAAACAAUCAGCCAGUAAAUUGAUAGCAGCUACUGUACAGCUGAUAUCAGUUUAGGAAUCUUAUCCACCUAUCCCAUGUGAAGAAUGGAGUUGCUGCCAAGUUUGUAUCUAAAUAAGCCAUAAAACAUUGCUGGGCUUUAUAGGAAACAUUUAGUCUCCUCAGAAAAGAAUGAUGGCCUUUUGAUUGGAUGAGUUACUUCCCGGUUUGGACAGAAGUCUACGUGAAAGCUGAAAAUACAUCAAAUGCAGGAAAUUUAAUGGUGCAAUAAUAUGUUGCUUAAUAUGUAAUAAGUAACCAUUGUUCCAAUAUAAAACUAAUUCACACACGGUUUCUAAAGAUAAAGGAAGUGUAGGUGGAAUGUUUAUGUUCUAUCAGUCUAUACCAGGCAUAGGCAACCUUCGGCACUCCAGAUGUUCUGGACUACACCUUCCAUGAUGCUUUGCAGCAUUACAGGUGUAAGAGCAUUAUGGGGGAUGUAGUCCAAAACAUCUGGAGUGCCGAAGGUUGCCUAUUCCUGGUUUAAAUACUAGAAAGAUUAAGAUCUCAGGGGGUCGUAGGUUACAUAGGAAUGAUUGAUGGGGCCAAGCAAAUGUAUGGUUUUCGAGGGCCCCUGUCUAACCCCUGGGUUCCUGGCAGUUGCCUAGAGCUGUGUUAUGGUUAAUUCAGCUCUGAUACUCGCCACCUUUGUGCACCCACCUUGUAGGAAAACUCAUCUUUAAGGUUUCUUCUUACCCUGUAAUUUCUUCUUCCAAGAGAAAAGUAGAAGAUAAUACUAAUUGAGUUUUUGCCUCUUUUCAGCAUUGUCAUGUAUUCUGUUUUGGGUUAUAAGUCAAUGGCCAUAACAUAGGGUAUGCAUAUAUCACUGAUAUAUUAUUUACAAUAAUAUUCAGGAACAGCAGCGAUAGUGAGAAAAGGGAAGGAAGGGGUAGAAUGUUUUAAAAAAUCAUCAGAACAUUUGUAACAAUGUGCUUCAAACAACUAGAUGCCUUCCUCCCCCGUCCUCCCCAACAUUUCAAAUUGAUAAAGAAAGACACUUUGUAGGGGUGUAAGUGGGGGUGAGGCCAGGGCUGUUCUGAGAAAUUUAAGGUGGCGUAUUAAUAAUAAUUUAUACAACUAAAAUGUAAUUCAGACCAAGAACAAUGUAUCUUAUUUGCACAUACUGAUUCCUAAACACAUAUAUUGUAGUUUAAAUAAACAUUACUGUGAGUAUUAUUGUACAAUCAGACACAGCAACAAUAUCAAACUCCUAGAAAAGAGGGACAUUAUGAUAGGAAAGAUAGACAGAGGGAUUUGGGGUCAAGGUAGGUAUUGACCCUCCUAAAUAAGGACCGUUGGGAGGUAAGAUAUAUAUACGUUUACCAUCCACACUACUGUCGGAAUGACAAGUGCAGCUAUAUUAACUAGUUUGGAACAAAUUUUGUCCAGUAUGGGAGGGCUGAAAAAAAUGUGGAGCCAAAUUUUUCAAGACAGAAUAGGGUCUAUUCUGUGGCAAAACUCUAGAUCAGCGGUAGGCAACCUUUUAGCAGCACUGUGCCGAAAUAUGAUUGUGAUGUCUCGUAGCGUGUCGGUCCUAUUUCUUUAAAUUGAGGUGUGCAUGUUGCCAUAUUCUGCUUGUGUUAUUUAUACUGCAUUUGCUUUGUAUCGUUGUAUUUGUGCAUUUAUGAGCUAUCAUAUUGUAUAUGUCCAUUAAUAGUUUGUGGUAUCAUGUAUAAUACCUAUGAAUUUGGGCUGUGUAUGGGGGCUUCUUGUGGAAUUGUGUGUGUGGAUGGAUAUGUCACAUUGUGUAUUUGGUAGUGUGAGUAUGUGUGGGGCUGUUUGGGGCAUGUGAGAGGCUGCAUGUGGGGUUGUGUGCAUGUAUGUGGAUUGUUGGUGGUGUUGUGUAUGUGUUUGAUUUAUUUGUAUGAGGGGAGGGUUAUUCUGCAGCUCUGAGGCUUCCCUGGGUUUUAGUGGGGACCAGGCUGGCCAGGUACAGCUCAAGGACAGAAGCUACAACAGGAAGCUGUGGGCUGCUCUACUCCAGUGUGGAUUCCCAUUCACAAGUGCUGGGAGGAAGUGAUCUGAUAAAUGGAGGAUUGUCCUUCACCACCUUUUCGUAUAACAGAUAUCUGAUGUUUCACUGGGACUCCUGACAGGCCAGAGCCUAUUUGGCUCUUGUAGCUUUGAGUGCCGUGCAAAGGCACCUCGAGUGCUGUGCAUGGCACUAGUGCCAGAUGUUCAGAAAUCGUGUAUUGGUUUCUGUACUGAUUGCAUACAUGCUUUUGAAAACAAAGGAAAUAUAAUCAUUACUUAAGUACUCAGUAACUUUAUUUGAAAAGCUACCACGGCACUAGUAGUUGUACACCAUUACCCUCUAUUUUUACAAAAAAAAAUUACUAACCUAAAAAUGUAUCUGAUCUGAGCACUUGCAGUACAACAUACAGGGCUGAAAAAAACCUGAUAUACAGUAAUCCGAUUUAAACCCGUGGAGAAUCAGAUUACUGUAUUCAGUUUUUUUUGUACGUUUAUAGCAUUUUUAUGACGAUUGCACCUGUUUGCCUUUUUCAUGGGAAAGAGGGAGUUUGGAACAUUCUGCGUCGUUUUAUGUUUAAGUAAACAAGUACUUAUUAUUGUCUAAUACAGUGUACUAGAUUGCAUAAGCAACAGACAUGAUGUCCAGUAAGGAAAUAUUUCUAUUGAGGGAACAGUGACCUGGUGUCAGGAGUAGACCAAGACUACUUUACCUCAUUGAAGUGGUCUGGGUGCACUGUCUCUAUCCCUUUAACCUUAGAAUGUAAAACUUUGCAGUUUUAGACAAACCAUAAUGUUUACAUUAAUAUUCAGGAACAUCAAUGUGUUGGGUGUUCCAGACAAGAACUAGAGGCGAAUCCUGCUGUUUCACAGAGUUUAACUCUAUGAAAUUACGCUGGACGUCCUCACACUGUGCGUAAGGACAUCCAGUGUCUUCAAAAGCACUGGUUCAAUGCUUUCCUAUGAGGAAGGCCAAAAGCACGUUAGGUUCCCCCUCGCAAUGACAUCGGAGGAGGCAGAGACGGAGAAAACGCCAAAUGACUUUGGCGAUGGAAUAAGGUAAAUUAAAAAUGUUUUUUUUUAACCCCUUUAUCACUGCGGCGGGAAGGUGUGGGGGCACUAUAGUGUAUUAAUAACAAUAUUGUGUUCCUUUUACACAGCGCAUAUUACAUUAUACUGACCUUAUUGUUAUCUAGCCUCAAUAUAGAUCAUCCUGUAAACUUUUGUCUAGUUCCAGGGCCGGUGCAAGGAUUUCUGCCGCCAUAGGCAAAGAUCCAUUUUGCCGCCCCCUCAUGUCACUCACUUACUGACAGACACACACACACACAAACUCACUGACAGACAUACACUCACUCACACACACACACACACAAACUCACUGGCAGACAUACACUCACUCACACACACACACACACACAAACUCACUGACAGACAUACACUCACUCACACACACACAAACUCGCUGACAGACAUACACUUACUCACAGAUAUUUACUGACAGACAUACUCCCAGGCAAACAUACACUCACUGACAGACACACACACACACACACACACACAGACACUCACUCACUCACAGACAUACACUUACUCACUGACAGACACACAGACACUCCUGGGCCCCCUGUGACAGCAUUCCUCUGCGUGCCCCCACCUUAAAAAAAAAUAUGAUAUUCAUAUUAAAUUUGUAUAUUUAGAGGUCCAAUUAUAACUGGUUUUCCACAUUUUAUCAUUGAUUAAUCAUCUGUACUUACAUGUUUGUUGACUUUUUGUGUUCCCCAUGCAGCCCUCAUUAGUCAGGUGAUUCCCAAAUUUGAAUAUUUACCCAAAGUGAAGGACUUUGAAGCUGUGGCAUGUUUAUCUAACAGUCUGAACCAAGAAAAGAAAACUAAAUAAAUAUGAAUAAAGCAAGCAGUGCCACUACUAAACCAAGAUGGAAAAAGGAAAAUUGUUGGUCACUGAGACACCUAAUACUAUUUAGAAUGUUUUGAACUUGUUUAUUUUUGGUAAAUAGCAGGUUAAUAAAUUUUUGGUGGGUUUGGUUGCUAAUACAGGACAUUUACUUCCAUACUUAUGCUUAUAUGCUCACAUGCUUUGUUUGGGAAAAAUCGUUAGUGAGGGGCUGACCUGGGUUGCAGCCCCAAUUUGGUUCCUUAAAAGCACAGAGUAUGAUCUUAGAAAAAUAGUGUUAGCGUCAAGUGUCCUGAAAAUCUGAAGUUGAAGGUGUUAUUUCUCUGUUAACAUUAGAGUUCACCUGCAGAUUUUUCAUUUUCCAAUAUUUUACUGAUAAGUAAACAUAUUGACUGUUUUAGCCUGUUUCAAUAUUUGAGAAGAAGUAAAUACGUUAAUAUGGGGAAUCUCUGUUUGUUUUAAGUAUUCAAUGCCACAGAGUCAAAAAGAUGGAUUUGAGACACUCCAAUUAUUAUUGAAAGGGUUUGUAGAUCCAACACAAACUGCACACCUCAAUGAGUAUUUCUGAUAAAUACAGUAAUGAUGGUGUGAUAAUGUGAGAUCUUCAGUCAAGAUGUUCUUUGAGGGUUACUCUCUUUUUCGUCUGGUCUAACCUCUAGAAUUUCUCUCUUACAGCUGAUGAUGAACACCCGAAUUAUAAUUUCAGCCCAUGUGGCAUGACAGACAAAAUCUGCCUUCAAAAACAGCAGGCAAAACGUAUUCAGUACCAGAUGUUUAACAAUGCCAAGUUUAUGAAGAACACCAACAACAAUCAACCUAUGAUAGAAGUCCGCGUGGUAAGGAACUCACUUUAAUCCCCAACGGGCACUUUUGUUAAACUAUUUUACUCGACUUUCAGGUUCAUUCAAUAGAGAUUUUCUUUUUUAUAACUCAUUUACUUUCAGCCUAUCAUAUCAUGUUCCAGUGAUGAUUUUUUAUUUUUUAUUAACCAUGCCUUUGUCUUAUCUUGUUGUGUGAGUUACUCAUAAAACAUGUUUUUUUUGUCCCUUUAAGGGUCCCUGCCAUAAGGAGUUAAAUAGAGCCUUGGAAAGACUGUCAUCUUAUCAAACCAAAACACAAGAGGACUUCCUGAGCAUCCCUAUCCCAAACUGUGAACGUAGUGGGAACUUCAACCCCAAGCAGGUAAAAAUCAGGCCCUGGAGCUCGUAGUCUUUUUUUAAAAAGACACAAUAACCACUACAGCUCAGUGUAGUGGUUAUGGUGUCAAUAGUUCCGGGACCCCCUUCCAGAGGAAUCAGUCAAACCGUUUAAGAACAUACCUGAGGUCUGCUGGGAAAUGGGGCUGUAGUAGGGCAUAGGAGCAGUGGUGUGUGUGAGUGGUGCAAAGUGUAAGGGGGGCAGUGUGUGUGUGAGGGCGACAGUGUGUGAGCAGAGUGUGUGUGUGUGAAGGUUGCAAUGUGUGAGUGAGGGCGGCAGUGUAUGUCAGGGGUGCAGUGUGAGUGUGUUAGGGGGGCAGUGUAUGUGUGGGUCAGUAUGUGUGUGUGACAGUUGCAGUGUGUGUUUUUGAGGAUUGCAGUGUGAGUGUGGGACAAUGUGUAUGUGUAGGGCUAUGUGUAUAUGGGGGCAGUGUAUUUGUGUGGAGGGCAAUGUGUGUAUGGGGGCAGUGUGUGUAUAGGGGGAAAGUUUAUGUGUGGCAGUGUGUGUGUAUGGGGAGCAGUGUGUGUAUGGGGGCAGUGUAUGUGUGUGUGUGGGAGGGGCAAUGUGUGUGUGUGAUUAUAAAAAAGCCCCCCUACCCUUCUUAUCACACACACACACACAUUGCCCCCCCCACACACAUACACUGCCCCCAUACACACAUAUAAUUAAAUUUUAAAAAAAAACACAUAUUAUAAAAAAAGGCCUUCUACCCUUCUUAUAUGUGUUGCUUUUUUAAAAUUUAAUAAAAAUAAAUAUACAUUAUGCACCCCUCCCUUCUUACCUUUACUGGAAGGAGGGAGGACAUUUUUCAAUCCCUGGUGGUCCAUGGGGAGUCCCUGGUGGUCCCAGUGGUGAGAGUGAAUGUGCUGUGCUGGCAGGGGAGAGGGAGACCCUCGGUUUUCUCGGGUGGGCAAACGAGUAUGUUUUCCUGGCACUAUAGUGGUCCUUUAAACCCCCGGAGCAUUAACCAAAACAUCUCUGUUCUUUAAACCCCCAGAGAAUUAAAACAUAACUCACCAGAGUUCUGCCCUAUUAGCCAGAACUUCAACCAAAUGAUCAUAAACUCAACUAGUCCACCCCUCUUUAAAUUAGGCAGGUGACCUCAACCCCCAUAAAAGACCACGACAAUGAAUAGGGAGGGAGGGCGGGGAAAACAGCUCCAGAGAGGAGUAAAUACUUCUUUCUUCAGGUAUUUCUUCUUUCUUCUGGCGCCAAAAACUUACCUCAGGGCGCCUUAUAUACCCUAUUUUCCCGCCCCAGAGUACCCUCGCGGACAAGUGCUCCAAUUAGAGUACUGUCCGCGCGGACACCUGUUUGAAAAGCGCACGAGGGCACUGCAACAGCUGUUGCUAAUUGCCCUCGCGGUCAAGGCUAAUCGCGCCGCGAUCUGACCCCUGAUUAACCCUGAGACGCACAUGUGUACCUAGUCUAUGGACUAGGUACAUUCUAAUCUCUCUCUAAUUUAUGCUUUCAUCUUUAAAGUAAUCCAUACCCCCUAAAAGCAGUGUCCAGUGAAGCAGGACAUCAAUGGGUGGGGUAAAAGGGUGGGCCACUGACACGAAUCAUGUAACAAGAACCGCUAAAAAGGGGCAAUCAUGCCCAAAAAGGGGACAUGUCUGCCCAAAGAAUUGGAAGGCCAGCCUGGCAUGAAUAUAUGCAUGUCAGGCUACCUGCCAAUCAUGCAGCUGGCCAACUAGGGGCAUACUAUCCAGUCAGCACCCUAAGCGUCGCAUAAAUGCAUCUAAUGAUGUGCUCACUCCACACAUUCUAAGGACUGUCCCCUUGUCCCCUUACCUUCUUACUAAAAGGCAGAAGCUCCUGGUAUAUAGUCUGGGACAGAGGGACAGAAAAAAGGUGGAUGUGGUGAGUGUAGAAGAAAGGGGACAUGCCACGGUGUUAGAAAGACCAAAGUCAGCAUUACUUUAACUAAUUUCAUUGUCAGACAGUCCACACAAGUUUUGUUUCCCUACAUCACUCUUAAGUUUCCAUGCUUAAGAAAGACUAUGUGAAGAGUAGUGUGUAAAAAAAAAAAGUUUAAAAAAGAAAGUAAAAAUAAAUUUAUAUAUAUAUAUAUAUAUAUAUAUAUAUAUAUAUAUAUAUUAUUUUGAAAAAAAAAUUUUUAAUCAAUGGAUCCUAUAUUAAUCGGGCCCAAAGUGGAGCACGACCAAACCACAUACAAUCCCCAUGAUCUAAUAUAUGCUUUGUGUUUUAUAGUAUGGUAUAGUGCUGUGUUUGAGUAGGACGUUGCACAAGCUAUAGUAUAGUAAUGAGUUAAAGAAGUACAGUGUAGUGUAUGAUGGGGAGGAUGUUCAACUUACUGUGUGUUAGCUCGUAUGAUAAGCAGGCUUAACAUAUUAUAGUAUAGUAGUGAGUAUGUUAAGGAGAUUUUAAUGUUUAUGAUAUAUCAGUGUGCAUGAACAUAUAUUUGUACAUAUGAAGUGAUAUGAUGGUUUGUAUAUAUUAUGGUUCAGUAGUGUGUAUAGGGCGGAAUGUUAUAUAUUAUGAUAUAGUAGUGUGUAAUGAUGGUGGAUCUGUAUAGUAUGGUACACUAGUGUGUAUGGGGGACCUGGCACCCAGACCACUUCAUUGAGCUGAAGUGGUUUGGGUGACUAUAGUGUCCCUUUAAAAUAAUAGUGUACUAUCCUAGAAACCUACUUUUCUACCCUACCCUUACCUUUUGUGUCACAAUGUUAGCUCAUUGAGCAGGGCCCUCAAUCCCUCUGUUCCUGUGUAUCCAACUCGUUUGGAUACAAAUACUUGUCUGUUAGUCCACCCAUUGUACAGCGCUACAGAACUUGUUGGCGCUUUAUAAAUAAUAAUAAUAAUAAUGAGUUGGCGCUUCUGCAUAUUACAAUAUCAUAAUGUGUACAAGAAGGAUACACCAUGUGAAUUGUGGUAUAUUUAAUUUAUGAUAGUCAUUGUACAUACAUGUGUUGUAGUGUAGUAGUAUAUUAAGAUAUCUGUUAGAUUAUACGUCAGAGUUUAGUGGCUGGAAUUCUAGUUGUAUAAAAACACAUGGAUGCUUUAUCUUAGAAAUACUUUACCUGUCACCUUGUCCUCACAGUGUCACCCAGCUUUGGAUGGGCAACGCGGAAAAUGUUGGUGCGUGGACUGGAAAACGGGUAUCAAGCUACAGACGGCCUAUGACCCCGUUCAAGAUCCAGAUUGUCAGCUGGCUUCUAAAAAUGUCUGAAAAUAAGGACCGCACAGGAGAAGAUGUUCCUGAUUAACUUCCUCCACCAAACACUAAUACAGAGAUCCAACUCACAAAAGACUUUUGGGACCAACUUUGUUUGAUGACCCCCACAGAAGACAUCACCGCAAACUUAACUUCUUCGCUUUCUGAGGGGCUUAUAACACUUUGCAGUGUACCCUAGCAAUGAGUUACAGGAACCUAAGGAAAGGAAAGAGUGAAUACACCACUUGGAGGGAUAAGGGGGGAAGUUGGGUGGAAAAAACAUUUUGGUUUUUUUUUUGUACAUUUUUUAUUUUAUUUAACAGUUAAUUUUAUGUAAGACAUGUAGGAAUGAGAUAACUUUCUGGGGAAAAUCCUCCACUAUGGUACAAUUUAGUAAGUCAGAUUUAGAGAAUGUAAUGGGGUGUAUCAGCCUGCGUUGAGUGUAGGUGAGUGUCAGUUUGCAAUAAGUACGAGUGAGUGUCGGUUUGCACUGGGUGCGUGAAAAUGUCUGUUUGCUUUGAGUAGGACAGGAUUUGGCCGUUACUGUCGAUGUGUACUGAAUGCUCUGUUUGCUUUGAGUGAAAGUGGUUGUCAGUUUGCAUGGAGUGAGAAAAUCUGUCUUUUAUUUUUGAUAAUAGGCGAUAUUCAGUCGAACAGAGGAUGUUAUAGAGCGGUGGUGUGUGCUACAAUACAGUGGGUCGCAACGUGGUAGCUACAAAGUAAUAUUAUUGCAUGGUACCGUCAAAGUUGCACAGAGGUAUUGUAUGGUAAAAUAGGGCAAAGAUGGCUAAUCUUGGCAUCUCAAUUGUUAGAGAUCUACAUGUACCAUGAUGCUCUAUAUUUCUAAUGAUGCUCAGUCAGUCUUAGUGUCUUAGUUUUGACUGAGAAUAAAGGACAUAUAUUUCACAAACCUCUGGGAUGCUAGUAUUACUCAUCAAUGAAAUUGGAAGCCAGGGGGGAAUCCUAGAAUGAAAUUGCAUGGUACAAUAUUGGGUGCUUUAGAAUGGGAUUGUAUGAUAAAAUAAGGUAUGCUAUAAGGUUACAUUUCUCGUAUUUUCAGUGAAAUUGCAUACAUCAGAGUUACUGGAUGACAUUUCAUACAGUGUGUGAUGUUGAAGAUUAUUAAGUGCUUGUACAGCAGGGCAUGCUAUAAAUUUGAAUUGCAAAGUACAGUAGGGGUUGCUAUAAAGUGCUAUAUUGCUUGGCCAAUAGGGGGUGCUAUAUCAUGGAGCUACACUGAUAAAAAAAAACAAAAAAAAACACAGAGCAGAAAUACAUGCAACAACUUGAGUUGAUGCAAUAGGGUCUAAAUUACGAAGGGUAAUAGGGGGUGCUUUGCAGUGUAAUUGUAUUAAACAAUAGGGGUAGUCAAAGGUAUGGACUGUACAAUAUGAUUGAGGGUGUUAAUGAACUGUGAGUAAAUAUUUGGGGCUGAUACAUUUAGUAAAUGAGGAAGACACAUGAUUAACAUAUGUGAAUAAUGAAUGGGAGGCAUUUUAUGGCUACUUUGUUCCAGAAGCCAUGGUUUUGUUAAUUGUGAUCUAUCUUCCUCUUUAAUCUAAGAUGCUUUGAAACGAAAUAUUCUUUGAAUUUACAUUGAACACGAUAUAGCCUUAAUUGUUUAAUAUUGCAAAUAUUCUGCAUUACGUAUAUGGAGUCAUUACAGGAAACCGUUUCAUGGAAAUCAGUGGGAAGUUUGCAUAACUAUGACUUAAAAUGCCAUUAAAAUGAUACAUUACAUUCUGCUUUCCUUAAUACACAAGUAUAUAAAAAUUGCCAAAGCGAGCAAUUUUAAUACACAACCUUUUCCGACCGUGACAUAAUCGAGGGAAUAGUAGUGGGUAAAGCCUUUCAUCUAUAGUGGAUUACAACUCCCAUCAUCUUGCGACAGCAAGUUGCAAUCUACAGUGGCUGUAGGCUAGAUCUUGCCUAUCCCGAAGUAAGUGUCAAAGAGGACAAUGCAAUUCGAUUACGCAUUGUGCCACGUAUUUAUUUGUAACCAAAUCGAAGUGAGUGACAUUUUGCGGCCCCUUGCAUAACCAAGGGAAACAUGCAAUGUUAGAAUCACAGCAAAAAGUUAACAGUAACUACAAACCAGCAUUUUAGUGUUUUAAUGUACAUAUCUACGUUGUUUGAAAUUCUAUGUGAAUAAAUAAAAACACUGAUGUUUCAUUACA